AACUGAAGAGCAGCCUUGCGUUGGCUUUAUGCACAGCUGCACUACUUCCUGAACUUAAGCCAGCUCCUUGUUUCCUGUCUGACAUUAUUGGCCAAACUUGAUUAAUUCAGGUGUGUCUGAUUAUUGUUGCUGUGACUACUGAGGUCAGGCACACCUGAAUUAAUCAAUUUGUCCAAUAAUGGCGGACAGGAAACAAGGAGCUGGCUUAAGUUCAGGAAGUAGUGCAGCUGUGCAUAAAGCCAAUUAGGCCAAAUUACCAACAUUUGUAAUGUAACACUUAAAUAAUCAAGUGCCUUUGUCACUUUGGUUGUCAUUAAAUGUUGAUUGUUUUUAUAUUCUAGUUUUAAGAUGCCAAGAGGAUCAACAGUAACAACCUGCGUGAGCUGCAAAGCAGCUAUUGGUGUGGCCACCAAGACCUGCAAAUAUUGCCAGUCAGUACAGCCAAGAAAGCAAAGACUGGCAAAAAAACUCCAGAAAUUUGAGGCCAGAAAGGAGACAUGGUUGAAAAACAAAAACAAAAACCAAACCACCUCUCAUGUUAUUGAUGAGGCAUCUGUCUUGGUCGAAAAGUUAAACACAUUGGGGUACAAGGCCAUAGUCUUCAUUGCAAAGAAAACAAAGAAGCAAAAAACCUGGUCCGCACAAGUCCUCCAGCCAAAAUGGCAGCUGUCAGACCAUUCUAAAAAAUGCCUUGACAGGAUGAAGGCUCUAUAUGAAGUUUUAAUUAAUAGUAAUCCUCCCAUCCAGCCCACCACCGGUCCUCCCAUCCAGCCCACCACCGGUCCUCUUCCCAUCCAGCCCACCACCGGUCCUCCCAUCCAGCCCACCACCAGUCCUCUUCCCAUCCAGCUCACCACCAGUCCUCUUCCCAUCCAGCCCACCACCAGUCCUCCCAUCCAGCCCACCACCGGUCCUCCCAUCCAGCCCACCACCAGUCCUCUUCCCAUCCAGCCCACCACCAGUCCUCUUCCCAUCCAGCCCACCACCAGUCCUCUUCCCAUCCAGCCCACCACCAGUCCUCUUCCCAUCCAGCCCACCACCAGUCGUCCUCCCAUCCAGCCCACCACCAGUCCUCUUCCCAUCCAGCCCACCACCAGUCCUCUUCCCAUCCAGCCCACCACCAGUCCUCUUCCCAUCCAGCCCACCACCAGUCCUCUUCCCAUCCAGCCCACCACCAGUCCUCUUCCCAUCCAGCCCACCACCAGUCCUCUUCCCAUCCAGCCCACCACCAGUCCUCUUCCCAUCCAGCCCACCACCAGUCCUCUUCCCAUCCAGCCCACCACCAGUCGUCCUCCCAUCCAGCCCACCACCAGUCCUCUUCCCAUCCAGCCCACCACCAGUCCUCCCAUCCAGCCCACCACCGGUCCUCCCAUCCAGCCCACCACCAGUCCUCUUCCCAUCCAGCCCACCACCAGUCCUCUUCCCAUCCAGCCCACCACCGGUCCUCCCAUCCAGCCCACCACCAGUCCUCUUCCCAUCCAGCCCACCACUAGUCCUCCCAUCCAGCCCACCACCAGUCCUCUUCCCAUCCAGCCCACCACCAGUCCUCUUCCCAUCCAGCCCACCACCAGUCCUCUUCCCAUCCAGCCCACCACCAGUCCUCUUCCCAUCCAGCCCACCACCAGUCCUCUUCCCAUCCAGCCCACCACCAGUCCUCUUCCCAUCCAGCCCACCACCAGUCCUCUUCCCAUCCAGCCCACCACCAGUCCUCUUCCCAUCCAGCCCACCACCAGUCCUCUUCCCAUCCAGCCCACCACCAGUCCUCUUCCCAUCCAGCCCACCACCAGUCCUCUUCCCAUCCAGCCCACCACCAGUCCUCUUCCCAUCCAGCCCACCACCAGUCCUCUUCCCAUCCAGCCCACCACCAGUCCUCUUCCCAUCCAGCCCACCACCAGUCGUCCUCCCAUCCAGCCCACCACCAGUCCUCUUCCCAUCCAGCCCACCACCAGUCCUCCCAUCCAGCCCACCACCGGUCCUCCCAUCCAGCCCACCACCAGUCCUCUUCCCAUCCAGCCCACCACUAGUCCUCCCAUCCAGCCCACCACCGGUCCUCCCAUCCAGCCCACCACAGAACCACCUCAGCAGAAACGCAAUUGUAACCACGGAAUCCUUGAAAAGGAGCCUUACUACCCAGUGAAGAGGGUGAUCCGCUGCAAAAUGCAGAAGCGCCCCAGCCCAUUCCACCAAGGUGGAUAUUGUCUGGCUGAGGGCCCGCGCUGUGACUGUACUGCAGUUCCUGCAUCAACCCCGGCUCAGAACUACCCUCGUGCUGCUCUUUUAGUGUUUUGGCCUGGUGGACUUGCAGAAAGGCCGUAG